CAAUUAUUAUGGCUCUUAUACAAUAAUACAAUUAUAUAAAUAUAUAUAUAUGAACACAAGUGAAUGGUGGGUGAAGCAAGGAAAAGCACUUUCGGCCGCCGGUGGAUGCCGAUGCAGAUGCUUCCUCCUUCCACUAUCUCAUAAAACUAUCUCUUCUUCUUCUUCCUCCAAAUCUCACCACAUCAAAAACAUAUACAACCUAGUACACAUCAACAUAUACAACAACAACAACAAUAAUAAAUAAAAAUAAUGUUGUUUAAAUUUGUAGCAGGUCCAAGGAAGAAAAAACCAGGAACCGUUCCUGUCUACCUAAACGUCUAUGACCUCACACCUAUCAACGGUUAUGCUUAUUGGUUUGGCCUUGGAAUCUAUCAUUCAGGUGUUCAAGUUCAUGAUGUUGAAUAUGGUUUUGGGGCACAUGAAAAUGACAGUACUGGUAUAUUUGAAGUGCAACCGAAAAACUGUCCUGGUUUCACUUUCAGAAAAUCUAUUUUCAUUGGGACAACGGAUCUGGGGAGUAAAGAUGUUGGUGUUUUUAUGGAGAAACUGGCGAGAGAAUAUUCUGGGAAUUGUUAUCAUCUUAUUUCUAAGAAUUGUAACCAUUUUUGUGAUGAUGUUUGUUAUAAGUUGACGGGGAAAUCGAUUCCGAGAUGGGUUAAUCGACUUGCCAGACUUGGUUUAUUUUGCAACUGUGUUCUUCCGCCCGGCUUAAACGAAACAAAGGUUCGACAAGUUACAUCCGACAAGGCUCAAGAAGGUGAAAAGAGAAAAAUCAGAAGUCAAUCCAACAGAUACGAGGCUUCCUCCAACCCUCGCGGUUCAUCGAGACAUUGCCUUCGUCCAUCGUCUUUGAUGAAAGCUUCUUCAACCACGACAUUAACAGUAAAGUAAAGUAAAGGUUUGAGAAUUGUGUAAGCAACUUAAGAUGACAGACACAGUGCAGAAAGUUGUUUAUUUGCUCCAUCUUUCUGUUCUGAUGUAUAUGUUUCAUAGUUUUGCAAUGGUUUCUAUGGAAUGGUUGCAUUGUGUUUUA